AGGGUGAUCGCGGAGCUAAGCGAAGCACUAACCCGCCGUCGCGGCAGCCUUUCACCCUUCUCUUUCCAGCCAUGGGGCUCCCUCGUGGGCCUCUCGCGUCCCUCCUCCUCCGCUGCUUCUUCCUACUUCAGGCGCAGGUUUGCUGGCUGCCGUGCGCGGCCUCUGAGCCGUGCCGGGCGGGUUUCGGGAAAGCUGAAGUGACCUUGGAGGCGCGGAGCGCGGAGUUGGAGUCGGGCCAGGCGCCGGGGAAAGUAGUUUUCAUGGACUGCCCUGGGCAAGAGUCGGCCCUGCUUAGUACCAGUGAUGACUUCGCAGUUCUGAACCACGAAAAAUUCCAGGAAAGCAAAGCAUUGAGGAUCUCCCCAUCCAAACGUAUCUUGCGAAGACGCAAGAGAGAAUGGGUGGUCCCGCCAAUAUCUGUCCCUGAGAAUGGCAAGGGCCCCUUCCCCCAGAAGCUGAACCAGCUCAAGUCUAAUAAAGACAGAGGCACCAAGAUUUUCUACAGCAUCACGGGGCCUGGGGCAGACAGCCCCCCUGAGGGUGUCUUCACCAUAGAGAAGGAAACAGGCUGGUUGUUGCUAAAUAAGCCCCUGGACCGGGAGAAGAUCGCCAAGUAUGAGCUCUUCGGGCACGCUGUGUCGGAGAACGGGGCCUCUGUGGAAGAGCCCAUGAACAUCUCCAUCAUUGUCACAGACCAGAACGACCACAAGCCCAAGUUCACCCAGGAUGUCUUCAGAGGGAGCGUCUUGGAAGGGGUGCUGCCUGGCACUUCAGUGAUGCAGGUGACAGCCACCGAUGAGGAUGAUGCCAUCAACACCUACAAUGGGGUGGUUGCUUACUCCAUCCUCAGCCAAGAGCCAAAGGACCCGCACGACCUCAUGUUCACGGUCCACCGGAGCACAGGUGCCGUCAGCGUCAUCUCCAGCGGCCUGGACCGGGAGAGGGUCCCCGAGUACACGCUGACCAUCCAGGCCACGGACAUGGAUGGGGACGGCUCCAGCACCACGGCUACGGCCAUCGUGGAAAUCCUCGAUGCCAAUGACAACGCUCCCGUGUUCGAGCCCCAGAAGUAUGAGGCCCAUGUGCCUGAGAAUGCGGUGGGCCACGAGGUGCAAAGGCUGACAGUGACCGAUCUGGAUGCCCCCAACUCACCAGCCUGGCACGCUGCCUACCGCAUCGUGGAAGGUGACAACGGGGACCAUUUCACCAUCACCACCCACCCCGAGAGCAACCAGGGUAUCCUGACAACCAAGAAGGGCUUGGAUUUCGAGGCCAAAACCCAGCACACCCUGUAUGUUGAAGUCACCAACGAAGCUCCCUUUGUGGUGAAGCUCCCAACCUCCACAGCCACCAUCAUGGUCCACGUGGAGGAUGUGAAUGAGGCACCCGUGUUCGUCCCACCCUCCAAAGUCAUCGAGGUCCAGGAGGGCACCUCCGUGGGAGAGCCCAUCUGCACCUACACCGCGCAGGAUCCGGACAAGGGGAGUCAGAAGAUCAGCUACCACAUCCUGAGUGACCCGGCACGGUGGCUAGCGAUGGACUCAGACACUGGGCAGGUCACUGCCCUGGGGGUCUUGGACCGCGAGGACGAACAGUUUGUGACAAACAACAUCUACGAGGUCAUGGUCUUGGCCACAGACGAUGGGAGCCCUCCCACCACUGGCACGGGGACCCUCCUGCUAACGCUGAUGGACGUCAAUGACCACGGCCCGGUCCCCGAGCCCCGUGAGAUCACCAUCUGCAACCAAAGCCCGGUGCCCCAAGUGCUGAACGUCACGGACAAAGACCUGUCCCCCCACACCUCCCCUUUCCAGGCCCGGCUCACACAUGACUCGGACGUCUACUGGACAGCAGAGGUCAACGAGCAAGGAGAUACAGUGGCCUUGUCCCUGAAGAAGUUCCUAAAGCAAGGCACAUACGACGUGCACCUCUCACUGUCUGACCACGGCAACAAGGAGCAGCUGACGGUGAUCAAGUCCACUGUGUGCGACUGCCACGGCCACGUGGCGAACUGCCUCGGUUCCUGGAAGGGGGGUUUCCUCAUGCCCAUCCUGGGCGCUGUCCUGGCUCUGCUGCUCCUCCUGCUGGUGCUCCUGUUUCUGGUGAGAAGGAAUCGGAAGAUCAAGGAGCCCCUUCUGCUCCCGGAAGACGACACCCGAGACAACGUCUUCUACUACGGCGAAGAGGGGGGUGGCGAGGAGGACCAGGACUACGACAUCACCCAACUCCACCGGGGGCUGGAGGUGCGGCCUGAGGUGGUUCUUCGCAACGACGUGGCGCCAACCUUCAUCCCCACACCCUUGUACCGUCCGCGGCCGGCCAACCCAGAUGAAAUCGGCAACUUCAUCAUCGAGAACCUGAAGGCCGCCAACACGGACCCCACGGCCCCGCCCUACGACUCCCUGCUGGUGUUCGACUACGAGGGCAGCGGCUCCGAAGCCGCCUCCCUGAGCUCACUCACCUCCUCGGCCUCUGACCAGGACCAAGACUACGACUAUCUGAACGAGUGGGGCGGCCGCUUCAAGAAGCUGGCGGACAUGUAUGGCGGCGGCCAGGACGACUAGGCCUCCACGCCGGCAGGGCCAGGGCCCGAGCGCCAGGCCAGGCCACAGGCAGCUGCAUCCCCCCGCGUCUCCGUCCCGCCUCGGCCGAGGACUUUGGAGCUUGUUGAGAAGUGGCCUUAGCAACUUGGAGGGAAGAAGCCUCGAGUCGGCCGUCAGAGGGGCAGGUUUCUAAGCCUUUGAGAAUGGAGGGACCUGGGCGGUUUGAUUUCAGCGGCGAAAACCUCUUCGCCUCGGCCAGGGUCGCCAAGUUUCCGGAGUCUCUCCUGCCAUAAAACGCUCUGCCCUGUGUCCUGGACCCGAACUGAUUCUGACUCUCCCACGAGCACCUUCUCGGAAUGGACCCUUCUCCUUAGAAAGAGGCCUCUCACAGCAAUCUGGAUUUUUUUUUUUUUUUUUUUUUCAAAAAGUUAGAGGCGGGCCCUCAACCGUCCCCUGAGGUCCUGCAGAAGCCCAGGCCUGAGCUGCCCACCUCCCAGGGCCUCACACUUCUCUCUCUGAUCUUCGGGCCCUGAGGCCUCCUAUUUGAAUGGAUUCCUGCGUUUUUUAUACUGAAUGUGUCUAGGUUGUCCUUUAUUUUUUAUUUUCCCUAUCGAGUGCCGUAGAUGAAGGGUGAUGACAAUCCUGUAAAAGUACUAGAACUUUUUUAUUAAAGGAACUUUUCCCAGA